UAACCAUAUAGGUAUAACAGUUCUAAAGUUUGACAAAACCCUACCCUUAUGCAUUUUGAGCACAGAUUACUUACAAUUCUAAAUCAUAGUGUGUACAUGAAAAUUUUAAUUUUUAAGUUCUUGACUAAGGUUGAUAAUUAAAAUUUUUACUAAUUCAAAAGAAUUGUUCAAGAUAUGCAAAAUUAGGCCUAGUUCUAUUUUUCAACUUCAAACUUCAACUUUCUCGUUUUCCGUUAGCACGCUUUUCAAACCGUUAAAUGGUGCGUUUUUUAAAAAAGUUUUUAUACAUAAGUUGUUUAAAAAAGCAAAUAAAUUCAUUUUUGAAAUUUAUAAUACUUAAUACUUAAUUAAUCAUGUGCUAAUGAGAUUUCUCGUUUUGCGUCAAAAAUCUAUCUGCCAAACGGAUGAUCAAACGGGGCCUUAAUCAAGAUUUCAAUAAAUGUGGGGUUUUAUGAAAUAUUUAGACCAUAAUACAUGUGGUUGUGUGCCACACAUCAUAAUAUAUGUGGUUUUCUGCAACUUUGAUCAUAAAAUGUGAGAUUUUCUGAGUUAGCUAAAUUUCCAUGUUGCCCUUUUUAAUGGUCUCAAUAAUUUUGUUGUUGCUUGUUGAGUACUAUCUGAUAUUGUUUCUGACAAGAGCUUCCUCAGUAUAUGGGUUACACAUUUUUCAGUCUUGAUAUUUGCUUCUAUGGGACAUUAUGUCAAAGUUAUCUCGGUAAAUGUUCAGUUUUAACUAACGGCAUAAGGACCCCGGACUUCAGAGCAACCUGUCUCAAUCAAGCCGUUCAUACCAUGCAAGAACUUUAGACAGCUGAUACUCCAUCAAUCUGAAGUUUGAAUAUCUCAAGUUUCUCUGAUUCGGCAAUCAUCCAGAUCCAUCAUUAAUCUCUUAAUAUGCAUAGUUAACUUCGUCUGCUGCUCAUUUUUCACCAUCAAAUUCCUAGCCAGUGCUUCGUAAAGAUAGUAAGAUGGACAGUGAAGUUCAGGGCAUAUUGCUUCUUAUUAAAAGCUUGUUUUAGUGUGAUAUGGCAAAUGAACUACCCUGAAUUCUGGUUUCAUGAAUAGAUUUUACACAAUUAUUUUUCUUCUAGCCUGCAUAUAGUAGUUGUAGCUUCAUUAGGCGGUUAAAAGAAAUUUUAGAAGCUUGAACUCUGGGUCCUUCACGUUUAUGAUUUGUUCAGAUUUAGUUAUUGCAGUAUAUCUCUUUUUAAACUUCGUUAGCUAACGCCUGUCUAAAUUGCACUGUUCAGUGUACCAGUUCAGGGUUCUGCCGAAAUCAUUCUAGGGCCGUGUUUAGUUCCAAAAUAAUUCUUCAAACUUCAACUUUUCCAUCAUAUCAAAACUUUCCUACACACAAACUUCCAACUUUUCUAUCACAUCAUUCUAAUUUCAACCAAAUUUUCAAUUUUGAUGUGAACUAAACACAUGCAAGUCUUACAGUAGCUUCUGGGUGUAUUAUAGAAAACUGUAUUGUUUGAUACUAGCACAAUAGCUCAAGUAAAGUAACGGCUGUGCGAAAGUGCGAAACCAAAAAUCCAGUCCACGCUGCAAAACAGGUCAAUGCCACCUACUAGUACUUAUUUUUCCCAUGCAACCACCGUGAUUCAAGAAUAGGCAGACAACCCACGCUGCGACCGGCAAGGUUGUACUAGAAUUUAGGCUACUCAACAUUCAUCAUGACUACUCGCCGUUGUUUGUGCGGUGCCCUGCAGGAAAUGAGCCUCCUUUCCCAUUUCUGCCUCUGCCUCCAGCGGAAGGCGGGAAGCUGCUGCCGUUGCAUCCGCUUCUUACAUGUGUUCGUCUUCGUGCUCCACAUCCAUGGCGGCCACUCCCAGAUGUGCGACCCCGCCGACCUGGCGUCGCUUCUGGCCUUCUCCGAUGGCUUGGACAGGAUGGGCGCCGGGCUGGUCGGAUGGGGUCCCAACGACACCUCCUGCUGCUCGUGGACGGGCAUUUCAUGCGAUCUCGGGAGGGUGGUGGAGCUGGAUCUCUCCAACCGGAGCCUCUCCCGGAACUCUUUUCGGGGCGUGGCGGUGGCGCAGCUCGGCCGCCUGCCGUGCCUGCGGCGCCUCGACCUCAGCACGAACGGCCUCGUUGGCGCGUUCCCGGCGAGCGGCUUCCCGGCGAUCGAGGUGGUGAACGUCUCCUCCAACGGAUUCACCGGGCCGCACCCCGCGUUCCCCGGUGCGCCGAACCUGACGGUUCUUGAUAUCACCGGCAACGCCUUCUCCGGCGGCAUCAACGUCACCGCGCUCUGCGCUUCGCCGGUCAAGGUCCUGCGGUUCUCGGCGAAUGCCUUCUCUGGUGAUGUGCCGGCCGGCUUUGGUCAGUGCAAGCUGCUCAACGACCUCUUCCUUGAUGGCAAUGGCCUUACUGGGAGCCUCCCCAAGGACUUGUACACGAUUCCAGAGUUGAGGUGGCUAAGCUUACAGGAAAAUCAGCUCUCUGGCAGCCUCGAUAAGGCCCUCGGUAACCUCUCCAAGCUUACCCUGAUUGACUUGUCAUAUAACAUGUUCAAUGGCAAUAUCCCUGAUGUGUUUGGGAAAUUGAGGAGCUUGGAGUCCUUAAACUUGGCUUCCAACCAAUUGAAUGGCACAUUGCCUCUAUCCCUGUCGAGCUGCCCGAUGCUUAGAGUGGUCAGCCUGAGGAACAAUUCGCUGUCCGGUGAGAUUACCAUUGACUGCAGAUUGCUCACGAGGCUGAACAACUUUGAUGCUGGGACCAACACGCUGCGUGGUGCUAUACCGCCUCGCCUUGCCUCGUGCACUGAGUUGAGGACGCUGAACCUUGCAAGGAACAAGCUUCAGGGGGAGCUACCGGAGAGCUUCAAGAAUUUGACAUCACUGUCAUACCUUUCUCUUACGGGGAAUGGUUUUACCAACUUGUCAUCAGCAUUGCAAGUCUUGCAGCACCUGCCCAACUUAACUAGCUUGGUGCUCACCAAUAACUUCCGUGGUGGUGAAACCAUGCCAAUGGACGGCAUCGAAGGGUUCAAGAGAAUGCAGGUUCUUGUCCUGGCGAACUGUGCACUCUUGGGCACGGUUCCACCUUGGCUGCAGAGCUUGAAGAGCCUCAGUGUGCUGGAUAUUUCAUGGAACAAUUUGCAUGGGGAGAUCCCGCCAUGGUUAGGCAACCUCGACAGUCUUUUCUACAUCGAUCUGUCCAACAACUCAUUCAGUGGGGAGCUUCCUGCAACCUUUACACAGAUGAAGAGUUUAAUUUCAAGUAAUGGCUCAAGUGGGCAGGCGUCAACAGGAGACCUCCCAUUAUCCUUCGUCAAGAAGAAUUCGACUUCCACUGGUAAAGGCUUGCAGUACAACCAACUCAGUAGCUUCCCGUCAUCACUGAUCCUCUCAAAUAACAAGCUUGUUGGGUCAAUAUUGCCAUCCUUUGGCCGUCUAGUGAAGCUUCAUGUGCUGGACUUGGGCUUUAACAAUUUUUCUGGGCCAAUUCCUGAUGAGUUAUCAAAUAUGUCGAGCUUGGAAGUACUGGAUUUAGCUCACAAUGAUCUCAGUGGGAGCAUACCAUCAUCUCUAACGAAGCUGAACUUUCUGUCCAAGUUUGAUGUUUCGUACAACAAUUUGUCUGGAGAUGUCCCGGCAGGAGGCCAAUUCUCCACGUUCACAGAAGAGGAGUUCGCGGGCAAUCCUGCGCUGUGUCGUAGUCAGAGCCAGUCAUGCUACAAGCGGGCGGUCACGACUGAAAUGAGUUCUGAGACACGUUUUACUUUUGGGCUUUUUUUGACCGUGGAAGCUGGAUUUGCCUUUGGACUGUUAACCGUCUGGAACGUACUGUUCUUUGCAAGUUCUUGGAGGGCCGCGUAUUUUCAGAUGGUUGAUAAUUUCUUUGAUAGGUUUUAUGUGAUAACAAUGGUGAACUUGAACAGACUCAGAAGGAAAUGGGAACAUAAAGAUCAUCCUUAAAACAAAGUCAGACGGGGUUCUCCACUAGUUCUAACUAGGCUCUUCAAUCGAAUUAUGUACUCUGUAUAUUGUAUUUCUCCAGCUUUUGGUGUCUUGAUUGUUUUCAACUCAGGUGUCAUUUAGCAGUGCUGCUUUCACAUCGUAUUGUAGACAUGAUUUCCAUUUGGUACAGAUGUGCCAGUGUUGAUAGCUGCGUGGUGGAUACUUAAGCUUCAAGUUGUUCUCUCUCUCUGUAAUAACUGUAGCUGAACAAAGCCGUUUUGUUAAUAGAGAUGGGAGAGCUCUUCUUCUCUUUUAUA